AUGUUAUGCAAGUAAAUUAAUAAAUACCUAUGCACCAAUAAAUAGCAUCAAAAUAAAUUCCAUAAUAAGUAUGCAAAUCUAACCUUCAAUUAGACCACAACCUUAACAAUUAAUAUUACUAAUAGGCUCAAUACUUAAACUUAGACGCAAAAUUUUAAACCAUAACAUUACUUAAAAUAUGAUCAUCCGUCCUCCUACUGUGAAGUCAGAAGAAAUCAACCAACCAUUUUGAUGUAGAUAUAUAAAUAAAUAAAAUCGUGUUAGAAUAGAUGCAAGGAUUAUCAAAACUAAUAUUGA